AUGGGUUCUGCCCUUCAAGUGUUUGAGGCCAUCCCUCAAAGAGAUGUGGUCUCAUGGACCUCAAUCAUAUGUGGGUUUUUGAGGAAUGGUUUAGAGAGAGAAGCUGUUUCAGCAUUUGCAUCCAUGGAUAUGAGGCCUAAUGCAAGGACACUAGUGAGUUUGCUAUCAGCAUGCUCAAAGAGUGACUGCAACAGUGGUUUUGAGCUUGGAGGGUUGAGAGUGGGGAGAUCAAUUCAUGGUUUUAGUGUGAGAAACAUGAUGAUAGAAGGGAAGAGGGUUUUUUGCAAUGCAUUAAUGGACAUGUAUGCCAAGUGUGGGGUUGUGGAGAUUGCAAGGCUUGUUUUUUAUAGGAUGGCAGAGAGAGAUGUGGUUUCUUGGACCACCAUGAUUUCAGGCUAUGCACAUUGUGGGUGCCUUGAGGAAGCCAUUGGGCUCUUUGAUGAGAUGCUAAAAGCAAGAGUGGAGCCUAACGAGGUCACCUUUGUGAGUGUUUUGCAUGCUUGUGCUAGGUCAGGUGCCUUGGGUCUAGGGAAAUGGGUGCACCAAUACAUGACUGAUAAAAAUGUAAAAAUGUGUCUCUUCUUGGAGAAUUCUCUAGUGGACAUGUAUGCCAAAUGUGGGGACCUUGACAUGGCCAUGAGGAUCUUCAAUGCAAUGCCUCAUAGGGAUGUCAUCUCAUGGAAUGCCAUCAUAUGUGGACUAGCCAUGCAUGGCAACGGCACGCAUGCUCUCGAACUUUUUUCUCUCAUGAACAACGUCGUCGUUCGCCCCGACGCCAUUACUUACAUUGGAGUCCUCUCCGCAUGUAGCCAUGCAGGCUUGAUUGAUAAGGGGUGCCAAUAUUUUAGAAUGAUGAGGGAUGUGUAUGAUAUCAGCCCUAGAAUGGAGCAUUAUGCUUGCAUGGUUGAUCUCUAUGGUAGGGCUGGUCUCCUAAAAGAGGCAGAAGACUUCAUAAGAAACAUGCCUGCUAUGCCUAAUCUUCAUGUGUUGGGGGCAUUGCUUAAUGCUUGUAAAAUCCAUGGUGAUAUGGAGAUGUGUAAGAGGGUGGGGGAUCUUAUCAAAGAGAUGGGGCUCCCUAUAACUGGUGGUAUUUAUGCACUUAUUGCAAAUAUGUAUACUAAUGCAAACAGAUUGGUUGAUGCCAUUGAGGUGAGAGAAACUUUGAGAGAUCAAGGAGUGAGAAAGUCACCUGGGUGUAGUUGGAUUGAAGUUCAUGACAGAUGA